AUGUCGCGAAUGCGGCUAUCGAGCGGGCGCUGCUGUGGUUUGGCGGCGAGUUUGGCGUAUACGAGCUCCACGACUCUCAAUCUGGAAUUGAGGCCUGGCAGCAGCCCGUUGAAGAACAGCGACCCGAUAAAGUACCCGACAAAGCUGGGGAUCACCGAGUUGAUGAGGCCCUCGCUCACAAGCAGCUGCAGAGCCACCAGCGACGUGAGAAAGUCGUUUGUGAACACCAGCUUGAAGUCCUCGUUUGACUCGCGCAGUUUGAUCAGGCCCCCGAAAUUCAGCUCGAACUUGUAUAGCACAGGCGUAAACUUCCAAUGGGCGUAUAGCAGUCCGAACAGGACGCCCAACGGGCCGGCAGGAACGAACAAGUUGAUGCCGAGAAACGAUGGUUCUGAGGAACUUCAGACUUCCAAAAACGCGCUCCAGGUUCUUCAGACUGAGCACCAUCAGCGUGACGCACAGGAUGACCUGCGACUCGUUCUGGAACUGCAUCUGGAACAGGGCAAAACGCCAGUAUUGGUGCCAUUUGCUGAUGAACGGGUCGUAGCUCAGCACAAACAGGGGUUUCCACUCAAAGAUGGACACGGCGAGCGGAAUGGCGAUGAACAGCGACGUCAACGCCGAGCUGAUCGGCAGAUGGACAAACCCUGUGGGGAGCGAAGAGGACAUUAA